UACUAUUUACUGAUUAUUUCUUAUCGGAAGUAAAUGUACAGUCUACUAAUAAGAUAAUUCUGUUAAAAUGUAUUUUGUAGUCGAUUAUAAUAUUUUUUAAUCAUGUAAUAUUUUUUUCUACAAAGUAUCAUAUUUUGCAUAAUUGAAAGAAUAUUAUAGAUAUUUGUAUUUUGUUUUAUUCUUUCUAUUACUACGAAUUAAUAAAUUAAUAUAAAAGGGAUAACUCUUAUAUUGCAAGUUGUAUAUAUUAUAAUAGUUAGAAACAUAUAAGAAGUAUGAUGCAUUUUCUGUAAAAAUGGACGUAGAAAAUUUGUCAAAGUAUAUUUAUAUAGCAUCAGUCGUUGCAUUUUAUUGGGUUAUAUCAAUUUUGACAGUAUUUGUAAAUAAGACACUUUUAUCUAGUGAAACAGUAAAUUUGGAUGCACCGUUAUUUGUAACCUGGUUUCAAUGUAUUAUAAGCGUUGUUAUAUGCAUAACUCUUUCCAAUUUAUCUAUAUUGUUUCCACAAUAUCUUAAAUUUUCUAAUGGUGAUCCAUUUAAAAGAGAGACAAUAAAACAGAUAUUACCAUUAUCUAUACUCUUUACUGGAAUGAUAGCUUCAAACAACUUAUGUUUGAAAUACGUUGGAGUUGCAUUUUAUUAUGUGGGCAGAUCAUUAACUACCGUGUUUAAUGUUAUUUUCACUUAUUUAAUACUUGGACAAAAAACUUCAUUAAAAUGCAUUUUAUGCUGUUGUAUGAUUAUUACUGGAUUUUGGCUUGGCGUGGAUCAAGAAAAUGAUGCAGGUUCUUUGUCUGUUUUAGGAACAAUAUUAGGUGUAGUUGGAUCAUUAAUUCUCUCUUUAUAUUCAAUUCAUACUAAACAGGUUCUUCCUGUAGUAAAUCAAGAUAUUUGGUUACUUUCUUAUUAUAAUAAUUUAUACAGUGUUUUCCUAUUUAUACCUUUAAUGCUGUUUAACGGCGAACAUUUGGUAGUUUACAAUUAUGACAAACUUGGAGAACUCUUUUUUUGGAGUGCAAUGGUCAUAGGUGGUAUUUGUGGUUUUGCAAUUGGCUAUGCUACAGCUCUUCAGAUAAAAGUAACAUCUCCCUUAACACAUAAUGUUAGUGGUACUGCAAAAGCUUGUGCACAAACUGUUUUAGCAACAUAUUGGUUUAAUGAACACAAGUCAUUUUUGUGGUGGACUAGCAAUAUUAUUGUUUUAAGUAGUAGUGCGGCUUAUGCAAGAUUUAGACAACUUGAUUUAAGUGCAGAAUACAAAGUUGAAAGAUUGCAACAAAAAGUAUGA